AUGGUCUAUCUGGAAGGACAGAAGGCCCAAGAGAGCACCGGGAGCCCGAGACAAAGUCCUCACCAUGAGGCUCCUCUGGUCUUUCACUGGCUGAAACACAUUCCAAGUCACCUCUGUAUGACAGUAAGUGACAACACAACAGCAAUUACUAACAGCUACCACUUCCUGAGUGCCUACUACAUACUGUGUACCCGGCUAACCACUUCACUUUCAGGAUCUCCUUUAACCCCCCCACGAUCCUGUCUAGACAUCAUGGCCACCAUUGAACCAAUGGAGAAACUGGGGCUCAGAGAGCUUAGGGCAGCCUUUGUGUUGGCCAACUGCUCUGACCUUGGAAGACAGGAGCCGAUUGAUAGGAGCAAAGGCUCUGCUGUCUGCGGGGAGAGGGCACUCACGUGGGACAGCGAGAGAGGGGGCCAGCAGAGGCUUAGUUCCUGGUCUGUCCAACAGGGAUUCCUGGUGGGCAAGCGACAGAGGGAUGGAGGAUGCCUCCAGCUGACGAGGGAGAGCCGCCAGGUGGUAUGGAGUUACUUUCACCUUGCCAAGGACCUGCAGUUGAGCAGCUUCAUAGGCUCGGGUUCUGAGCGCCUCUACGCAGAAAGAAGAGUUGAGCAGCCCGGAAUGUUCACCAGUAAGUGUAGCCAGCCGCUGAUCUCUUCCUCCCAACCCAGUGCGGAAAGGCUUAGCAUAGAUGUUUCCAAGAUUAAUACCUCGGACUCCAAGCAGCUCUGA